AUAACCGAAAACGAAUAACGAAAGUGUGCUGUCAUUUUGGUUCAUUUGCAGCUCAUUGGCCACUGAGCAGGUUGACAGGUCGACCAACUCAGGUGAGCGCUUUGCUCCGAACUAUGAUUCAAUCAAUCGAAAUCUUUCCUCGGCCGCUGUGGUUGCAACAUUUUGACAGUGAGUGGAAAUGAGAAGAGCGGUGGCGGCAAAGAGUGGAGCUCAAGGAAAGGAGCCUGGAAAGACAACUUCCACAGGACCAACAACGGCCAGGGAAAAUGGACCGAGUUUACCAACAACCCCGAUAUCUCCAGUCAGCCCCACGACACCAAUAAUAGCCCCGGUGGAUCUGAAAGAUGAGCCACAGUCUCCCGUCACAGAUGCCACUCAGAUGUUGAUAAAAUGUGCCAAGUCCUUCAUCGUUAUUUUCCCCAUUUAUGUGUUGGGAUAUUUUGAUUUCAGUUUCAGUUGGGUUUUAGUAGGGCUUACCAUCUUUUUCUGGUGGAGAAGACAUCAAGGCCACAAAAACAACAGACUGACCCGUUCCCUGGCAUUCUUGGAGCAUGAAGAUAAAACUGUCAAACAAAGUUUGGCGACCUCUGAGUUGCCACCAUGGGUUCAUUAUCCAGAUGUGGAGAGGGUGGAAUGGCUCAACAAGACAGUGAAACAGAUGUGGCCGUACAUCUGUCAGUUUGUUGACAAGCUAUUCAGAGAGACCAUCGAGCCGGCUGUGAAGGGGGCUAACGCUCACCUCAGCUCCUUCUGCUUCACCAAGAUCGACAUGGGGGACAAGCCACUAAGGGUGAACGGGGUCAAAGUGUACACUGAGAAUGUGGACAAACGACAGAUUAUCAUGGACCUGGAGAUUAGCUUUAUUGGAAAUACAGAGAUUGAUGUUGACAUCAAGAAAUACUACUGCAGAGCUGGUAUAAAAAGUAUACAGCUUCAAGGUGUCUUGAGGGUCGUCAUGGAGCCCUUGCUCGGAGACAUGCCAUUGAUCGGAGCCCUAGCUGUCUUUUUCCUGAAGAAGCCUUUUUUGGACAUAAACUGGACAGGCCUCACAAAUAUGCUGGACAUUCCAGGCUUGAAUGGCCUGUGUGAUAACCUGAUCCAGGACAUCAUCUACAGCUACCUGGUCCUGCCUAACCGCAUUACCAUUCCUCUGGUGGGAGAGGCUCAGCUCUCUCAGCUUCGCUUCCCAAUACCUAAGGGCGUCCUGAGGAUUCACUUCCUAGAGGCCCAGGACCUGUUAGCUAAGGAUGUGUUCCUGGGAGGGAUAAUAAAGGGCAAGUCAGACCCGUACGGGGUCCUUCACAUCGGCAACCAGCUGUUUCGGAGCAAGGUGAUCAAGAAGACCGUCAAUCCCAAGUGGCACGAAGUCUAUGAGGCUAUGGUGUAUGAAAACUCAGGACCACAGAACCUGGAGAUAGAGCUGUUUGAUGAGGACACUGACCAGGAUGAUUUCUUAGGAAGGUUAUUGAUAGAUAUCGCUGAACUUCAGAAGGAACAGAAAAUUGAUGAGUGGUUUGUCUUGGAGGAAGGGGAUACCGGAAAGCUGCACUUAAAACUGGAGUGGCUGUCUCUGCUUCCCACUCGUGAAAAUCUUGAUCAGGUGCUGACCAGCAACAAGGUUGAUAAAGGACAGGCUAAUGCUGACCUGUCGUCUGCCCUGCUGGUGGUCUUCCUGGACUCAGCAAGGAGCCUCCCUUCUGGUAAAAAAGUGGCCAGCAUCCCGAAUCCUUUUGUCCAUUUCACAGUCGGGCACAAAACAUACGACAGCAAGACGAGGUAUAAGACCAACGAGCCUGUAUGGGAGGAGGCCUUCCCUUUCCUCAUCCACAACCCAAAAUGCCAAGAGCUGAAGAUUGAGGUAAAGGAUGAGAAACAUGAUUGUUCCCUGGGGAUUCUGAGCCUGCCCCUAACCCGUCUCCUAGAGGCUGAGGACAUGACGCUGCACCAACGCUUCGAUCUCAAGAGCUCUGGGACUAGCUCCACCAUCAAGAUGAAGAUGGCACUGAGGGUUCUGUGUCAGGAGAAGUUGCAGGUUCGUAAGACCAGCACAAGUAACCCCAUCCCCGUGAAGAGCCCGCCCGUCGCCGAACCCCCAAACCCUGUCCCUAUCACAGACCUCUCACGCUCUGUGGCCGCCUCAACCCAGGAGCUCCACAGGAGAGGGGGGGGUGGCGAGCCCUACUCAGGAGGCCCGGUAGGCAUCGGCCUAGCCGACACAGGCAGGAGCACCUCCAACCUGGCCAUCUCUGGCUCUCACAAACACCUGGCCCACUUUGGGUCAACUGUCAGUAUCGCCUCGGACAUCUCCAACCCGUAUGCCACACAGGAGCUCCAGCAGAGGCUGAGCGAGUUGCAGAAUGGCUCAGCCGGUCAUUUGCCCCUGGGUGAGGUGCAAUUGACUGUCAGACACAGCCCUCAGAGGAACAAGCUCAUUGUGGUUUUGCAUGCCUGCCGAAACCUGAUUGCGUUCACAGAUCAUGGGUCGGAUCCGUAUGUACGGCUCUAUCUUCUACCUGACAAGCGAAGGUCUGGGAGGAGGAAAACCCACACGCACAAGAAGGACCUGAACCCUGUUUACGAUGAGAUAUUUGAGUUUGGCGUGUCGGUCGUGGAGUUGCACAGGAGGACUCUGGAUGUGGCGGUAAAGAACGGAGGAAAUAUAUUUUCCAAACACAAAGGGCUGCUGGGGAAGGUGCUGGUGGAUUUGACUCACGAGGAUAUCGUCAAGGGAUGGACACAAUGGUAUGAGUUGAGUGAGGAUGGUCUGAGAAAAACUCUCCAGCAGCUGUAGACUACACUGUGAGAGGUAGAGGAGGACCUAACCAAGUCUUCACCAACGUGGCAUUGCCACUAGGGCCCUACUGUAAGUGUCAAGCAGUGUCUAUAGAGUAGUGCUGUUUUAGGAUAAGUUUUGCUUUUUGGAUAACAACGAAUACAAUUACAUAGUUAGGUGUGAAAUGAUCCUAGAUCAGCACUCCUACUCUGAGACACUUGGCAUAUACGGCCCCUGAGCAAACGUAUUUGCCUUUUUCAUACAAUUGCUUUUAAAUCCAUUAACAACUUUUUGGGGGGUUUUCCCUUUUUUAAAUUAUCGUUUAUUUACAUGACUUGCAAUUGUAAAAAAAAAAAUAUACAUUUUGAUAUUCACAUCAGUUGCAUCGUUAUCUCUCCCCACUUAGAAAUGAUCCAGUGCAAUAGUAAGAAAGGGAGUAUGUGUUCAAACUAAUUCUACAUUUUUUAAAAUCCAUAUUUUAAAAUAAAAUGAUUGAGGACUGUAACAAAAUAUAUAUUUUCUUGCUACGGCUGUUACAGCAGGUUUUUCUGCCUUGUUUUAUGUCGGGAAUGUACAACAUAUGAAUAUGUAAAUAUGUACAAUGACAAUGAGGACUAAAGAGAAGGUUUAUUAUAAUGUUUGUAGUGGAGGGUUUUGCUUGGUCACAAUGACUAUUUUAUAAUUCAACAAACUACAUGCAAACUAUAUCAGAGCUAAGUUGAACUACGACCCGUCUAUCCUCUAAGGGAAAUAGUAUAUAUAUGUAUAUGUAUAGUACUUCGCCACCAAAGAGACAAUGAAAUGAAAUACUUGUCUGUGGGGUUUUAACUAAACCAAAUAUGUUUGCACACUAUUCGUUUAGGCAUGUUUAAAAUCUUUCAAAGCAUCAGCAUAGUGUUAACAGUAAUAAUAACAGAACUUGGCUGACUUAACCUCACAGUGAUAUUCCAGCCUUCUUCAAAUCAUUGUGGUUUAUGAUAAUUGAUUUCCCAACUCUGAAAUCACGACAGUUGAAAUAUAUUUAUCAUGGUUGUUGUCAAUAAAUGCACCAGUCUUCAUGUUUUUGUUCUACGAACACAUUUCAGCAUGCACAUCUUAUUCAACACUUCUCUUUACUGCAAUCGCUUGCAAAAAACACACGUUGUAGCUGUGAAAUUAUCCUAGAUCAGCACUCCUACUCGGAGACACUUGGCAUAUACGCCCCCCUCACCUUUUAUUGAUUAUGUCACCUGUACCUGGAUAUCUGUAACACAUGUAAACACUCUGUUAUGACUUUAUUGAUCUAGUUACCAUAGUAAUGAUGUAUCAUAAUGAAAGCAUUUUUAGAUUGUACCAUGUUUAAGCUGUAACAUAGUGGCUUGUAGCCUAAUGUAUCAGUUCUGAUGUGUUCUCAUAUUUCUGCAACCUCUGUCCUUUUUUUAAAAAGUAGUUGUAUGCGUACCUACAGGUAACUGCCAAAAUAAAGAAACCGCCAACA